AUGGUUGAAAUUCUUUUUAAACAUGGUGCGCUUUUGAGUGAGAACGAUUUAACAAAUAUGGAACCUCUUCAAAAUGCAGUUUUCAGAGAAAAACUUGCAAUUGUAAAGUUGCUCAUGAUGAACGGAUGUAACAAAGUCGAUAUUCCAGUUAAAUAUGUUUCUUCUCUUAAACUUGCAGUAUCGUCCGGUCGUUUGGACAUUCUAGAAUAUCUCAUGAAGAAUGGAGUAAAAAGCAUCGCAACAGUUAAGGAAGAUAAACUAGGCUUAUUUAGAUCAAUUAUUUUGGAAGGCAGUUUGGAUACUUUAAACUUUUUAGUCGAUAUUGGUAUUAAAGUACAGGAUUUAGAUGAUGUAUUUAAUAGUACAUUUUAUUUGAGUCGUUAUGACAUGUGGAAAUAUUUAUUAACAAGUUUGUCGAAAAUUAGUGCAAAAACGUAUUUUCAAGAAAAACAGCUUCAUUUUUCUAUUCGAACGGGCCAAGUGGAGACUGUUAAAGAAAUGGUAAAUGAACCAUCAAACGAAUAUGAAUCGAACACUUUUGCCAGAAAAUUAGCCGUUUACAUUGCUGUUGAAAGUGGCAGUGAAGAAAUGUUAAAAAUUCUUCUAAACGCUGGUUAUCCUGUUACUGACAGUCUGUUUAAAUUUAUAAGUCCUCUUCACCUUGCAGCAACAUUCGAGCACCCGAGACUAGUGAAACUGCUAUUGGACGCUGGAGCUAAUGUUAAUUUACGAACUGAAGAUUAUCGCCUUACACCACUGCAUUUCGCAGCAAUGUCAGUGCAGCCAGCUGUAGUUAGAUUUCUUCUAAAUCAUGGUGCUGAUCGAUCUAAAGCCUCUAAAUUCGGUGAAUCGCCGUUGGAAACAGCUUUGAAGAUUCAGUCAGGCCUGCAUCGUACCGUACCUGUUACUCCUUUGGUGUUUGAUGAAUUGGUAAAAGUGACGGAAAUGUUAAUUCGGUAUUCGAAUAGUAAAACUAAUGAAAGAUUAUUUGCACAUGCAGUUGGAAUAAGAGUUUCAUCAAGUAUCAAUAAUUCAAAGCCAGUGUCAAGAAAAAUAAUGUCGGAUAUAGGUGAUUGUGUAUUUCGUCCUGAAAUUGUUAGAUGCAUAUGUAAUUAUUUAAGUAAUAAAAAAGUCAAAAGUUGCUCUGAGACAGUUCUAGUUAAAAACAGUUCUUUACUUUUUCACCCACCAGAGUUGUUAGAACUUAUGAUGGAAUGUAAUGAUUCGAAAUCAUGUUAUUAUGUGAAAAUAAACUAUGCUGACAGAAAUUCCAAGAGUCAAUUACUUAUAAUUGGUUACUCUAAAAACGUUGAUAAUCUCUCAAUUGUUGUUUAUGAAAUUUCUAAUUAUUAUAAUGUUUACGACGACGAAGAAGUCUGGAAGAAUAAAAUUAAUUUUAUAAAAUUGAUAGUAUGUCGUCUAGUAUUGUUAAAUACAAAGUGUGAUCGAAUUGACCUUGAGGAAUGUGAUUUAAUUGAUCUUAUUGAUGUUAUUGAUUGGGAGAAGAAGUGUAUAGAGGAGCAAAGAGUCAUGCAAAAGACGAAAGUUAAUAAAAAUCUGAACUUCACAUUCUAUGAUGUAUUAACGAAAUCAAUUGAUGAAGUUGCAAUGUACACGAGCAACAAUGACUUUUUAAAAGCAAUCGAAUCUUCUGAUAAAAAAUUUCCGAUCUAUGCUGAUUUUUUGAAGGUAAAUGUCGAAAUAGCAGAAAGAAGAAGAAAUUUCAUCAACGAUUGUGUUAAUUUAUUGUUAAAUUUAGUUCAAAACUGCCAUAGAAUUCGAAUUUCUGCAGCUGAAAUCAAUGAAAUUUUCAAAUAUCUGUCAAUUAUAGAUUUGCGAAGAUUUUCAGCAGCUUGUACCUAAAAUGUGAUUUUAAUACGUAAUUAGCGAAAAUAUUUUCUUAUGUAUUUUUUUACUGUACAAAAAAGAUCCCUGAAAAAAACUUCAAAUUUAGUGACAUGUAACAUUAAAAUAUUUUAGUAUAAUGUGAUAUUAUAUGUAAAAAAUAUGCUUUUUCAUUUUUAUCUCCCAGUGAGGCCUUUAUUCUCAUAGAGAAUAUACAUGUAUUUGUUAUAAUAAUAUACAUUUUAUAAAAAAUCUGAAA